UUUAACACACACACAGCGCACACCCCGUGUGUAUCCACACAGUAAAGACACACACACACACUGGCACAACCACCCCCGACACACGCACACAACCAUCACCAGCAGCCCCUCCUCCUCUGUAUAUAUCAAUGCCUGACGCCGAGCGAGACAGAAGCCCCGACGGAGAGGAGGGCGCGAGAGGCCGAGCGACUGAGCGGGGCACCCCCACGAAGACUCCAUCUCGACUGCCGACUUGGAGCCGAUCCCCCCUCCUACCGCGCCUCCCCGUUGCGCCACCACGGGCGACGAACAGAGACGCGACAUCAUCAUCAACAACAGCGGCAUCAGCGGCAGCAGCGGCAUCACAAUAGCAUCAGUAACAGCAGCAACGGCAGCAGUGAUCGGUUGAAUUAGCGGAGGUAGCUGCAGCAUCAGCGACAUCAGCAGCAGCAGCGUCUUCAUUUGACUUAUUAGGAGAACCACCGGCAGUAUCGGCAACAACAACACCAUCAUCAUCAUCAAUACCACCACCACCAUCAGCAGCAUCAGCAACACCACCAUCAGCAGCAGCAGCUGUCGGGAUGUCUCCGCAGAGCCGGUGGCGAGGCUCUGGGGGAUCCGCGGAGGGAAGCUCUGAUCCGGCAGGCGACGGCGCGACUGGGAACGGAGUCGAACUGAACCCUGACAAGCAGCGUGGUGGCGGUGGUGAUGGAGGAGGCGGAGGAGGAGUGGCGCUCCGAAAGGAGAUCGGCCUCGUGAGCGCUUGUGGCAUCAUUGUGGGGAACAUCAUCGGCUCGGGGAUCUUCGUGUCCCCCAAGGGCGUGAUGGAGAACGCCGGCUCAGUAGGCCUCGCCCUCCUCGUGUGGAUCAUCACCGGCGUCAUCACCGCCAUCGGCGCCCUCUGCUACGCCGAGCUGGGGGUCACCAUCCCCAAGUCCGGCGGCGACUACAGCUACGUCAAGGACAUCUUCGGGGGCCUCAUGGGGUUCCUGCGCCUGUGGAUCGCGCUGCUCGUGAUCUACCCCACCAACCAGGCGGUGAUCGCCCUCACGUUCUCCAACUACGUGCUGCAGCCACUCUUCCCCACGUGCCUCGCGCCCGACUCGGCCCUGCGUCUCCUGGCUGCGAUCUGCCUCCUGCUGCUGACGUGGGUGAACUGCUCGAGCGUGCGCUGGGCCACGCGCGUGCAGGACGUGUUCACCGGCGGCAAGCUGCUCGCCCUCGCGCUCAUCAUCGUCAUGGGCUUCGUGCAGAUCUGCAGAGGCCAGUACCACUGGCUGGAGCCCCAGAACGCGUUCCGCGCGUGGCAGGAGCCCACGGUGGGGCUCGUGGCGCUCGCCUUCCUGCAGGGCUCCUUCGCCUACGGGGGGUGGAACUUCCUCAACUACGUCACCGAGGAGCUCGUCGACCCCUACAGGAAUCUCCCACGUGCCAUCUUCAUCUCCAUCCCGCUCGUCACCUUCGUCUACGUGUUCGCCAACAUCGCCUACGUCACCGCCAUGUCGCCCGAAGAGCUCCUCAGCUCCAACGCCGUCGCCGUGACGUUCGGAGAGAAGCUGCUGGGGGUCAUGUCGUGGCUCAUGCCGAUCUCCGUGGCGCUCUCCACGUUCGGCGGCGUCAACGGCUCCCUCUUCACGUCGGCACGGCUGUUCUUCGCCGGAGCGAGGGAAGGCCACCUGCCGAGCCUCCUCGCCAUGAUUCACGUGCGGAAGUGCACGCCCAUCCCCGCCCUGCUCUUCACGUGCGCCACCACGCUGCUGAUGUUGCUCACCAGCGACAUGUACACGCUCAUUAACUACGUGGGCUUCAUCAACUACCUCUUCUACGGCGUCACCAUCGCGGGCAUGCUGGUGCUGCGCUGGAAGCAGCCCGACAUUGCGAGACCCAUCAAGGUGAGCGUGAUCUUCCCCAUCAUCUACCUCCUCUUCUGGGCCUUCCUGCUCGUCUUCAGCCUCGUGUCGGAGCCCGUGGUGUGCGGCGUCGGCCUCGCCAUGAUGCUCACCGGCGUGCCCGUCUACUUCCUGGGCGUCUACUGGACAAACCGUCCCAAGUUCCUCGACACCAUCAUCGACGUGGUGACGUACGGCGGGCAGAAGCUGUGCGUCGUCGUCUACCCGCAAGACGACGCAGCCUCCAAGGGGGAGGAGCCCGGAGAGGCGGGGGGCGACACGCAGAGUCUCAAGGGCAAGGGGUGCCCCCCCAGCCCGACGCCUUCGUAUGGGAGCACAGAGGGAUAGACCUAGCCCCCCACAACCCCUGCCCCCCACAACCCCCCCCUCACCCCCACCCCCCCCCGCCUCUGUUCCAUGCCCCCCCCACCCCUGUUACAAAUGCGAGACUCCUCCUCUCAUCCUGGCCCCUCGUGGGUUUUCCUCCGCUGGUUAAAUCACAAACACCGACCACAACGAGGCAUUACUCUUGCCAUUAUGGAUAAUCCCCCCCACCCCGCCCAAAGAUGGAGCUAUCCUAUCACUGCACCCCACCCCCUCCUCCUUCCAUCGCCACCUCCCUCCGUGACCCCCCUCACUUGCGGAGACACCCACGUGGGAGCCACCCACGUGGGAGCCACCCACGCGUCUACCGCAAACCACAAAUAUUUUAAUUUCCACCAUCUCCACCACCACUACUACCACCACUACCACCACUACCACCAAUUACCACCAACUACCACCACUACCACCACUACCACCCACUACCACCCACUACCACCCACUACCACCUACUACCACCCACUACCACCCACUACCACCAACUACCACCACUACCACCUCUACCACCAACUACCACCAACUACCACCAACUACCACCAACUACCACCAACUACCACCACCACUACCACCCACUACCACCCACUACCACCCACUACCACCACUACCACCCACUACCACCCACUACCACCACUACCACCCACUACCACCCACUACCACCAACUACCACCACUAUCACCACUACCACCAACUACCACCACUAUCACCAACUACCACACCUACCAAAACUACCACCACUUCCACCACUACCACCAACUACCACAAAAUCCUGCCAGGAAGAAUUCCUCGGUGUGUCUUACAACGCUGUCGCCUGUUAUUGGCGUGACCUUAAAAUGUGGUCACGAGACGAAACAAAUGAUCGGCGUUCGUCCAGAAACUAUCGGAGGGCAGUGAGAUCCAUGCUCGAUUCCAGGGGCGGGACGUUGGGGAAUUCUCUCGGUGCGCCCACAACCUUCUCGCCGCCUCGCUUUGUCCCAUACCCUGACCGUGUGGGCUCACAGCGGAAUGCGGGGGCACAGUUAAUCAUAUAUAGGGUUAUUUUAAUUGAUAAGCGUGACUUGCACUCUAGUGGUAGUGCCUUACACCAAACAUGCCUACCCCAACUGAAGCCAGUAGAGCAGCGUUCCGGAAAAUAUUUUUGAGUGGGUAUAUGUCUGCAAAUAAGUAUUUUAUAUCCGCGCACAGCCGAGGCUCGGGUCACUGCACGUUAGCGGCAGGCGAUGGCGUGCGUGCGUGUUAAUGAACCACGAAAGUAGAUACCACAGAAGUGCUCUUGACGUGUCUGCAAGUUAGUAUUUUUAUCUGCACACAGCCUAGGAUAGGGUCACUGCACGUCAGCGCAGAUGCGAUAUCGGCAGCCGAUCAAAGGCGUCAUUGUCUCGCGUAGUCAUUUUAACCCAUGAUGAUGCUGAUGAUUGCCUGCUGGAAGACUGCCAUUGUUGAGACGCUGAGAUUUCGUUUCACUUUGGGGGGGUGCGGGGAAGAGGAGAGGAGGCGGAUUUCAAUCCCUCCGCUCCCUCGGCUUUAGAACAUUUUGCACAUGAAUGCAAUCUUAGAAUGCGGUGAGUUGGAGCCGCGCGUCUCUGCCGAGUAGUUAUUAGUCGUAGUAGUUAUUAGUCGUAGUUAGUAGUCGUCGUCGUCGUGGUGACGAUGAUGUCGCUGUUUGAAUGUUGCGCUGUUCUCCCAGAGGUGCUGAACCUAUGGCCUCUUGGCAGCGAUGAUACCCCGCGACCUCAUUGAGCUGCGCCCCCACCUAUUGCCUUGAUUCAUCUCUUGAGCUACUUGGGGCACUGCUGUUGCUUUGCUUUUAUCCUGGUGCUUCUGUGCCGGGGGCGGGGGGAGGGCGUGUCACUUUUUUCCUUUACUCGCGAAAUUCCACGUGCGUUUUGUGUCGUCGUUUGCUGUUAAUUGUCCAUCUUGACGUCUUCCUUGCGAUUGUUUGUUGACGAGGUGACUUGGAUGUUCCGUUUCGCGGGACGUUGGCGCGCGAUCGUCACGGAGGGGGGUGCGGGUGGGGGGGGAUGACGAGGAGGGGGAGCGAAGAGGGGACGACUCGAUACACGCGUUGGGGCUCGGGGUUAGGGGUCAGGGCUAGAUCCAGAGAUGGAAUCUGAUUCGUCAGUUUGAUAGGGCUAUGUGCAAGGUUGACUUCUGGUUGGACGGUGCUUGCCUGGCUUAGGUUAGGGAUUAGCUGAAUGGGGAGGGCUGGUGUCUGGUUCACCAGUAUGCUAUGGGUAGGGCUGGUCACCAGUACGCUAUGGGUAGGGCUGCUGUCUGGUUCACCAGUACGCUAUGGGGAGGGCUGGUGUCUGCUUGUGGUAAUUCUUUUUCUCCCGUUUCCGGUCACCUGUGCGCGCUCGCUUUGCCCAGCGCUCAGACGCUCGAUUCCCGGGCCGCGUGUCGAGAUGCGUGAGAAGGAGGAGGACGCGAGAGAAGAGAGACUAUCGACCCUCUGAACCAAUGUCGACUUCCCCUCCGUCCCCACUCGCGUUCGCAGUUGUCGGUGACGCCACCAGUGCCAGGCGGUCGGGGAAUGGUUGGCGACACAGCCGGGGGUUAAUUUCAUAAUCAACGAUUUUUGGGUUAGAUCGCGUUAUGUAUAAAUUUGUCGUAACUCUCCACCACCCGACACGGCCAAUCGGUAAAAAAGUGUCACGUUGA